CCAUGACCGGCUCCUGCUGCGGAUCCUUCUCCUCCCAGAGCUGCGGGGGAGGCUGCUGCCAGCCCUGCUGCUGCCGCGACCCCUGCUGCUGCCGCCCAGUGUCCUGCCAGACCACAGUGUGCCGCCCUGUGACCUGCGUGCCCCACUACACCAGGCCGGUCUGCGAGCCCUGCCGCCGCCCCGUCUGCUGCGACCCCUGCGGCCUGCAGCAGGGCUGCUGCCGCCCCAUCACCUGCUGCCCCAGCUCCUGCACCGCCGUGGUCUGCAGGCCCUGCUGCUGGACCUCCACCAGCUGCCAGCCCGUCUCGGUGCAGGCUCCCUGCUGCAGGCCGCCCUGCUGCCAGCCUGCCCCCUGCCGCACCACCUGCAGGUCCUCCCCCUGCAACACCUGCUGCUGA